GCCUGGGGACAAAGGUUCGAUGGGAAUCCCUGGGCGGCCGGGACUAAAAGGGCAAUCUGGAGAGAAGGGUGCUCCAGGAGAAGCUGGCAUGUCCAUCAUCGGGCCCCGCGGUCCACCCGGACAGCCUGGAACAAGAGGUUUUCCUGGAUUCCCGGGCCCUAUUGGCUUGGACGGCAAACCGGGGCAUCCUGGACAGAAGGGGGAGAUGGGUGCUGCAGGUCCCAGGGGACAACCUGGACCCCCAGGACAAAAAGGAGAGAAGGGUCAGUGUGCAGAGUACCCGCACAGGCUGCUGCCUCUCCUCAAUUCAGUGCGGCUGGCUCCACCUCCGGUCAUAAAGAGACGCACUUUCCAGGGUGAACAAGGACAGGCGGGGAUCCAAGGUCCCCCGGGGCCCCCUGGUCCACCAGGGCCCGCUGGACCAGCUGGACCUGAAGGAAUCCCAGGACGUCCUGGGCCAAUUGGACCCCCUGGCAGAGCAGGAGAACCUGGAAAGCCUGGCAGAGAUGGAAAGGGCUUACCUGGGCCUCCUGGACCAAAGGGAGACGCUGGGAUUCAGGGAUACCCUGGCAGAAAGGGUGAGGUGGGCGAGUCAGGUCUGCCCGGUGCCCAUGGCCUCCCUGGAGCCUCUGGCCCCAAGGGUGAAAAAGGGGAUGCUGGCAUAAAGGGGGAGAGAGGCAUGCCAGGGCUGCCAGGAAGACAUGGCUCUAAGGGCGCUCCCGGGAUGGCCGCCGCAGGGAUGAAGGGUGAGCCUGGGACUCCAGGAGAAAAGGGAGAUCCUGGAGUCCCAGGGAGGAUGGGCCCCCCAGGUUUGCCAGGGAAGAGGGGGCAGCGGGGUGAGAAGGGACGAGCUGGUGACCCUGGAAUUCCUGGACUUCCUGGCCCAAAGGGAGACAAGGGAAUUGCUGAGAAUGCCUUGGUGGGAGCUAAAGGAGAGCCUGGCCCUCCAGGUCUGCCUGGACCCCCUGGACCAAAGGGAGAAGCUGGUGACGUUGGUCAGCCUGGUGCUGCAGGAUCACCGGGAGAAAAGGGGGAACGUGGUUCACCAGGAGACCAGGGACCCAUGGGCCCAAGGGGCCCCAAAGGAGAGCCUGGGAAGGAUGAAAUGAUGGACUAUGAUGGGAACAUCAGUGAAGCUCUCCAGGAAAUACGAACUUUGGCCUUGAUGGGACCCCCAGGACGUCCAGGUGUGGCUGGACCUCCAGGGCCACCAGGACAGAAGGGUGAAAUUGGCUUGCCAGGUCCUCCAGGCCACGAUGGAGAAAAGGGACCACGUGGCAAGCCUGGAGAGAUGGGCCCCCCUGGGCUUCAGGGGCUGCCAGGAAAGGAUGGACCUCCUGGAAUAAAGGGAGAGCCAGGCCACGUCGGGGUCAGAGGAGAAAAGGGCGAUAAGGGAGAGCCAGGACAAGCAGGGUCACCGGGUCUAGAUGGCCCCACUGGAGAGAAAGGCGAACAAGGUGACCAAGGGAUACCAGGACCAUCAGGAUUGCCAGGGCCCAUUGGACUUCCAGGAUUGACAAUAACUGGGCCCCCUGGACCCCAAGGCCCUCCAGGACCUCCAGGUCUUCAGGGUGUCCCAGGACCCAAGGGGGAAGCAGGGAUUGAUGGAGUGAAAGGAGAGAAGGGUGCCCAGGGUGAAAAAGGAGACAGAGGGCCACUGGGAUUACCCGGUGCUUCAGGUUUAGACGGCAGGCCUGGACCACCGGGUAUUCCAGGACCAAUUGGGGUUUCGGGACCAGCAGGACCAAAAGGAGAAAGGGGCAGUAAAGGAGAUCCUGGAGUUGCAGGACCAAUGGGGCCAGCAGGGCUUCCUGGUUUACAAGGUCUACCUGGUGACAAGGGAGUCCGGGGGGAAAGGGGCAAGAAAGGCUCUAGAGGGUCUAAAGGGGAUAAGGGAGACCAAGGAGCACCUGGAUUAGAUGCACCCUGUCCGUUGGGAGAAGAUGGCCUUCCAGUUCAAGGCUGCUGGAAUAAGUGAUGAUUCUAACCCUGGACUGACCUGUGUGUGUUACUGUACAUAGAAUAUUUAUUUUUAUACUGUGUUCUUCUCUGAAAUGCCAAAAGUUAUGCAUUUUUACAAAUUAUCAAAAAGUGGCAUAUUUUUUUUGUACAGAAAAUACCAGAUCUCCCUUUCCCCCCAUUUGUCAGUUCUCUGUAUGAUUCUAUGUCUGCAUUACGCUUGUUUUGUCAUGGAGUACAGCUGUAAUAUUUACAUGAUAUUUGUGCACACAUGGUGAAUAUAGGAACUUAAUAAAUUAUUGCAUUUAAAGUGCCCAAAGGAACUGCCCUGUAUAGAUUUAAAGGUAAUUUUCAUUUUUCAAGCUGGAUCAUUCAAGAAUAUUUCAAAAUAUUAUGUAUUUUUUAUUAAAGUGAAAUAUUAACACUUCUGUUGUGAUCUAUUAAAGUGGUGCUGAAAAACC